AUGCAGUCUGGCUUCGACCGAAGACGAAUCAAUGGCCCAGAGGAAUCCUUUCCUCCAAUUUUUUACGAUUCAGACAGCGACGACGAUGCACCACCCUCCAAGAAGCCAUUGCGAAAUGGAAGAUCUUCGAAAGACAUAAGACCCAUCUUCUUGCAGCCAGGACUGAUAAACCAGUCCAACGGUUCUGCAUAUAUUGAAACCGAGAAGACAAAGAUUGCCUGUGCAGUUUACGGGCCUCGUCAGUCCAAAAAUACCGCGUACAGCGAGCACGGUCGGCUGAAUGUCGAGGUAAAAUUUGCUCCGUUCUCAUGCGGUCGUCGGAAGCAGCCUCUUAGGGAUGCGGAAGACAGGUCCGUAGCCGUAGCGAUACACCAGGCCCUCGUAUCUUCCGUACGGCUCGAACUCUUGCCAAAAUCCACGGUCGAUGUGUUUAUCAACAUAAUCGAGGCGGACGGCAUCGAGGGAUGUAUCGCGUCAGGGUCUGUAGCCGCUAGCACGGCACUUGCAGAUGCUGGCAUAGAUUUAUUCGGUUUGGUUGUCUCGUGCUCUGCGGCCGUGGUUGGAGACGAGAUAUGGCUAGAUCCAACCGAAGAGGAAGUUCAGUCGUCUAACGGAACCAUGGUGGUAUCUACUCUACCCGCUCUCAAUACCAUGACUAGUAUAUGGCAAAACGGGAUGCUUUCUCCAAGCCAAGUUUUAGAGGGUAUGGGAAUUUGCGACGAGAAGUGCAAGGACAUCCAUUCCAUCGUAGCGCAAGCUAUCCGAGAUCAUGCCGUCCAACAAGUAUAA